GCCAUGACAGUGGGAACAGAUGGCUUAUGGGAUCGCUUAGCAAGAGCUGAAAUCACUGACCAUUCAAUACUAGCUGGCUAGCAUCAGAGGCGUUCAAGUUAUAUUUUGCAAAAGCCUCCUAAAAUGAACAUAUCUUGGGUAAUUAAGCGAAUAUUUGAAAUAGAUAUACUGUGAAAGAGUCGUAUACAUACACCCGAAUCGUUGCAGCCGAAGACAGGUGUCACUAUGACCCCCACGGAGGAGAUGAACGGCUCUGGGAAUCUGAUGGACUUCCUGGACGAGCCCAUCCCUGACGUGGGCACUUACGAGGACUUCCACACCAUUGAUUGGCUGAGGGAGAAGUCACGGGACACAGACCGCCACAGGAAGAUCACCAGCAAGAGUAAGGAGUCCAUCUGGGAGUUCAUUAAGAGCCUGCUGGAUGCCUGGUCAGGAUGGGUGGUGAUGCUGCUUAUUGGGCUGCUGUCAGGGACGCUGGCUGGUGUCAUCGACCUGGCAGUGGACUGGAUGACGGAUCUGAAGGAAGGGGUGUGUCUGUCAGCCUUCUGGUACAGUCAUGAACAGUGCUGCUGGACCUCCAAUGAAACCACCUUCGAUGAUCGCGACAAGUGUCCACAGUGGCAGAAGUGGGCAGAGCUUAUGACCGGACACACGGAGGGUGCCGGAGAAUACGUGCUGAACUACUUCCUGUACAUUCUGUGGGCGCUGCUCUUUUCCUUCCUGGCGGUGUCUCUUGUUCGGGUUUUUGCUCCAUAUGCCUGCGGGUCAGGUAUUCCUGAGAUCAAAACCAUCCUGAGUGGGUUCAUCAUCAGAGGGUACCUGGGAAAGUGGACGCUGCUGAUUAAGACGGUCACGCUGGUGCUGGCUGUGUCCUCCGGGCUCAGCCUGGGAAAGGAGGGGCCUCUGGUGCAUGUGGCCUGCUGCUGUGGCAACCUCUUCAGCAGCCUGUUCUCCAAGUACAGCAAGAAUGAGGGCAAGCGCAGAGAGGUGCUGUCUGCUGCUGCGGCCGCAGGGGUGUCCGUUGCUUUUGGGGCUCCAAUCGGAGGAGUUCUCUUUAGCUUGGAGGAGGUGAGCUACUACUUCCCCCUGAAGACCCUGUGGCGGUCCUUUUUCGCCGCCCUAGUGGCCGCCUUCACCCUGCGCUCCAUCAACCCCUUUGGGAACAGCCGGCUGGUGCUGUUCUACGUGGAGUACCACACCCCCUGGUACAUGGCGGAGCUGGUGCCCUUCAUCCUGCUGGGUGUGUUCGGGGGCCUGUGGGGCACCCUCUUCAUCCGUGCCAACAUCGCCUGGUGCCGGCGGCGCAAGACCACGCGCCUGGGCCGGUACCCGGUGCUGGAGGUGAUGGCCGUGACUGGCAUCACGGCCAUCCUGGCGUACCCCAACCCCUACACCCGCCGCAGCACCAGCGAGCUCAUCUCCCAGCUCUUCAACGACUGCGGGGCCCUCGAGUCCUCCCAGCUCUGCGAUUACGUCAACGACCCCAACAUGACCCGCCCCGUGGACGACAUCCCCGACCGCCCCGCCGGCCCGGGGGUCUACAGCGCCCUCUGGCAGCUCGCCCUCGCGCUCAUUUUCAAGAUCGUCAUCACCAUCUUCACCUUCGGCAUGAAGAUCCCCUCAGGGCUGUUCAUUCCCAGCAUGGCCGUGGGUGCGAUUGCCGGCCGCAUCGUGGGCAUUGCUGUGGAGCAGAUGGCCUACCACCACCACGACUGGAUCAUCUUCAGGAACUGGUGCCGACCUGGGGCAGACUGUGUCACGCCAGGCCUGUAUGCCAUGGUGGGCGCUGCCGCGUGUCUGGGGGGAGUGACGCGUAUGACGGUGUCGCUGGUGGUCAUCAUGUUCGAGCUGACGGGCGGGCUGGAGUACAUCGUGCCCCUGAUGGCGGCGGCCGUCACCAGCAAGUGGGUGGCGGACGCGUUCGGGAAGGAGGGCAUCUACGAGGCGCACAUCCAGCUGAACGGCUACCCGUUCCUGGACGUGAAGGACGAGUUCACGCACCGCACGCUGGCCACCGACGUGAUGCGGCCGCGGCGCGGCGAGCCCCCGCUGGCCGUGCUCACCCAGGACGGCACCACCGUGGAGGACGUGGAGGCGCUCAUCAAGGACACCGACUACAACGGCUUCCCCGUGGUGGUGUCCCGCGAGUCGGAGCGGCUCAUCGGCUUCGUCCAGCGCAGGGACCUCAUCCUGGCCAUCAAGAACGCCCGGCAGAAGCAGGACGGGGUGGUGAGCAACUCGGUGGUGUACUUCACGGAGGAGGCCCCCCAGCUGCCCGCCAGUAACCCCCAGCCGCUGAAGCUGCGCCGUAUCCUCAACCUCAGCCCCUUCACCGUCACCGACCACACGCCCAUGGAGACGGUCGUCGACAUCUUCCGCAAGCUCGGCCUGCGCCAGUGUCUGGUCACGCGCAGCGGCCGCCUGCUGGGGAUCAUCACGAAGAAGGAUGUUCUCCGCCACAUGGCCCAGAUGAUGAACCAGGAUCCCGAAUCCAUCAUGUUUAAUUAAGCUGCACUCCAGGCGUAUGCCUUGUGCCUGACCCCUUCCCCACUGUACCCAUAAUGCAUCACUCCUGCAGGGCUGUGCUAUCAGACGGAGUUUAGAGCUCGUAAGGGUUGGCCCGGGUGCCAUAUUGCAGCCGUGUCUCAUCGUCUUCAGACAGCUGGCGCGGCACUUUACACCAUUCUGUCUUAGAGUUUGCCAGUACUCAGCUGAAAAAUAUACUGCACCUUCCACAUGGCAUCACCUACAGUUAAAUAGCUCAAGUUGCUGUAUUACGCUCUGCUUUACUUCUCCUAUAAGGGUGUAAAUAGUUCAUCUUUUUUUCUCUGUCAGCAGCUCCUGGAAAGCUGACACUUUGAGACCACUUCAGACUUCCUUUGCAUGUGGUAAUAUGUUCACUGAGGUCCACAAACUCUUAGACAGACUGGUGUACACAGACAUCAGCUUGCGCCAUCUGAAGGAGACAGUGGCCAUACAUAUCAUACUGAAUGUGAGUGUACAAAAAUCUCCUAAGACUAUGUGCAGGCUGCACAUCAGUGCCCUCUGCUGGCCUCCUCAUGCCACAACAGUUGGUUUAGUAGCCUCACUCCAAACAGUGCCAGUGCAGAGAUCUCAUUGAAGGCUGGCAUCUGUACAGUAAUUUAACAGUGCCAAAGCUGAAGUGUGUGAGGGGAAAGGCCAUGUGAUGGAGGGUGAGACUGGUCCUGUGGAAGUCAUGAGUGUGUAACGUGUUGGGAAGAGGACAUGAGUCAGGCAAGGGGCGGGCAGUUUUGGCUGUGGGUGGCUGGAGGCCUGCAAGUUUCAGAGGUUACCUUUCAGAUAUUAGCUGAAUUUACAGCUGACAUUGCAUUAGGUGCCCACAGUGAGAUGAGCCUAAUGUACAGCUGCCAUUUUUUAAACAGGGUUACAUAAAGGGGAAAACGCAUUUAAAAAUUUAAUGCGAGUCAAAUUAUUUCAUGUUUUAGUUAAGAAAAUAGACUGUUCCACAGCACAUUGUAGCUCCAACAGUCCCAGCAGAUCACACAAUCACAAUUAUUAACAGGAAUCAUGUUAUUGUUAUUCUGCUUAGUAUUUUACUUACUGAAUACUUCAAUACAAGUUUUGUUCCAUGUUUGGAGAUCUAAGGGCAUUUAUCAGUGAAUCCAGGGGAAAUGUUUAAAACAAACAUGCACACACUUCACAUGGAAACACUUCGUUUGAAACUCCACUUUUAAUAAUCAGCUGCUUAUAAGAAUCAAGUAGUCCCUGAAGCAGGACUGUGCUGUGUCACCCAAAGAAGGAACUUAAGACAGAAGACGUGGAAGGGCAAUGACUGCUUCGGCCUUUUAGCCUCUGAAGUGGCCACCCCUGAUUUGGGAAAGGAAUUUGGAAGUGCACACGCUCAGGCUCCACAGGGGGCACAUGUCUCUGACUUUCGUGAAGUGCGUUGUAGUGAUGCCCUGUGUUUGUGAAACAGCUGCCUAGCUUACCCCUAGUUACUUUAUAAGCCCCAUGUGGCAUUUCUGAAUCGCUGGAGCUUGAAAUUGAUUUUAAGGAUUGGUGACAAAAGCCAAUUGUGGGAAAAGGUCAAUAAGCGUUUGGAAAUGAGCCCCAAACUAAGUGUUAAGGUGUACGAUAAAAGCAUUACACCCAGCCAUGCCUCUGACAAAGCCUGGGAUUGCCAACCAACUGCAUUUCCUGUAUAAAUGUACAGUGAAACAGAUGUAGAUUGAUGUCUGAAAAACAGCUGUGGGGUUCUCCGUAUGUUUAAAGGUUUAUUUCUGUUACUAAAGUAAAUGGAUCUCACUGGAAUGGUAGUGCCUCAGCGUAGGGCUCUGUCACGCCUCAUUGAGGUACUUCCUGUUAACUGAAAGUCCAGUUCAAGACUGUGGCUACUGUGGAAUCUAUUUUGUGUUUUAGUACUGCUGUUCUCACCCAUCAUGUUCCCAUUGUAAAGCGUCCCUUCCCAAAUGUUUAACAGCAUGUACAUAACUGCCAUUUAUUUAUAUUUAUUAAU